AUGCGAAACUCAGGCCGUCUUCCUCGUCUGUCCGACGGCUCGGGGACCUCGGACCGCGAGCUCCGCCGGUUCGAGAAGCACGGAGAGUCGCAAGCAAACGAGCCCCGGAGAGCCGAGAGGCGCGCGCUGGCCUCUCUGUGGAGUCCCGCAGCUACGGCGAGACAAUGGCGGCGCUUCUGCGCCUUUCGUCCGAGGGGCGACGGGGCCUUGGCGGGGAGCUCCGCACUCGCUGCAUGCGCGUCUGGCUGCUUGAAGGAAGCGUCCGGUCGUUCAGACGGGGAGACAGAUUCAGGCGAAAGGGACGAGAGGAAGGAGCAAAGACGAGCGCGACGCGAAGCGGCCCUGGGCGUGCCGGGCGCGGGACAAGCACCUGCCCGCGCGGUCGAACGACAGGGAAAGGCGCUCGGAACGACUGAGCCGGGCAGUCUGCAGCGACUGUAUAGACACGACGGGUGGCCGGACGAAGGCGAACUCGUCAACAGCCAGGGCUUGGCGCUUCGCACCUACACGUGGUGGCCGUGCAAGUGCAAUCCAUUUCUUGUCUCUCUGAGCACAGACCCAGGCGGAGAAAGCGACGCAGCUGCCAAGCUCGAGGACCGGCGUCCGCCCGUCUCGCCCUCUCCUCUCUCUUCUUCUUCUUCGUCUUCUUCUCUCUCGUCUUUCGGCGAUCCGCAGGAGAGCAGGCGCGGGCGGUCGACAGGUUGGGGGGCUGAGAGGGAGACGAAGGGAGGGCCGGGGCGCGCGCGAGAGGGACAAGAACCGCGCCGAAGGAGCGAGGACGCGAGAGCAGGGAAUUCAGUGGGAGCUGAGACGUACCUGGUCGGCGAGAACGGCGAGUUGCAGCGCGACAGAGUAACAGGAGUCACUGCAUGCACGGCCUGCAACUCUCCGAUCCGCGGCGUGGUGAUUCUCGUGCACGGGUAUGGCGAACACUGUCGGAGUCACUUUCUGCAAAAGCUUCCAAGCAGACCCAGCGAGGGAGCAUCUCCGGAAGAAACCGAGACAGGGAGAAGACCCGUAACCGACGGUGCCUCGCUGGCAGAUGAGAGUGACGAUCUGAACGAAAAAACGCGACUCUCUUCUUUCUCUGCUUCUUCAUCUCCGUCCUCGUCGUCCUCUUCUUCGUCUUCGUCUCUCGGUGUUUCGACCUCGUCAGAUCUGCCUUCUGCCUUUGCGCCUGGACCGGAGUCUUCCUUGGGUUCGUUGUUUUAUGAGAACAGCUGGGUGCAUGCACUGAAUACGCGCGGCUUCCUGGUCGUCGGUUUCGACUUGCAAGGCCAUGGCAUGAGCGGCGCGUGGCGAGGCCUGCGGUGCGUGGUCUCGGAGCUGGACGACUUUGCGCGGGACGCCCUCCUCGUGGUUCUCUGGACGCAGCGGCGCUUCGGAUCCCCCGACAGAAAAACGUUUCCCGUCCACCUCCUCGGCCUCAGCAUGGGCGGCUGGGCGGCCGCGCGAGCUCUCGAACUCGCCGGAGACGCAGGGACGGUCGCCCGCUGCCGCGCGCGGGCUCGAGGCGCGUUUGAGACACCCAACGGGGACGAGGAGACAGGGGAGGCGGAGACAGGCGGCGGAGCCGAGAGGAGCGUGAGACGCGCCACCAUGAGCAGAGAGGACGAAGCUGGCGAGGCUCGAUGUGCGAGAACAGGGGCCGGAGAGGGCGAGCUGGGAGCGUUCGGCGAAGAAGCAGACUGGCGAGACACGACACCUUUCGCACGUGCGGCGGCAGGCGUCUCGACCGAAGAAGGGAAGGAAAAGAAGGAGAGGGUGGGCGGCGAGGAAAGGGACACAGACGGACAGCUUCCGUUUGCAGAAGCGCCGGGUCCACUUUCGCCGGCUUCUCGAGAGUUCUGCGCGUCCGCGAACGAUGCACUCGGGCUGACGGGGCUGAUUCUUGUUUCGCCCAUGUUCGAUCUCGAGAGACGCAAAGCGAAGCUAAAGUGGGAACUCGCCAAGUACGGCAUCAUUCCCCUCGCCGCGUUCUUCCCAGGUGUCCCUCUGGAGCUCUUUGCACCCUGGAGGCGUCUGCGGAAGGACAGAAAGCGAAAGCGCGUAGCAGAAUACGAGCGACUUCGUUUGUCCUUUCAAGCAGACCCUCUGACGUUCAAGGCGUCGCCGCCGGGGGCGCUCGUUGCCGCCAUCAUGCGCGGGGCUCAGCGCGCACUCGAUCUGGAAGAAGUGGAGAAAAUAACCGCCAGAAAUGUGGAGAAGAUUUUGAUUCUCCACAACGCCGGAGACACCAUCUGCGACGUGGGAGGCGCCGUGCAGUUUUUCGAGCGUCUAGGAGCUCGCGAGAAGGAAAGCCGUCGGCGCGAAGGCGAGAGAGAAAGCGGCGAGAGGCUCGGCAGCGAAGGAGCGCAUGCAGGCCGGAAGGCUAAGGAGGUCGAGGAAGAAGGCGAGGCGGAGGGUGCACCCGAGAAGCGGCGGGGCGCGAACGCCCCUCAGAGGGCCUUGAUUCUGCUGAAUGUCGGAGCAACGGAGCAGAGAGGCGAGAAACGGGAAGAGUUCCGGACCGACCAGCGAAAGGACUUCGACGCAUUUCUCGAGCGCGCGCGGGCCUCGCGGCACAGGGACGCGCUGGACAGCCCACAGGGAGCAGAAGGCUCGCGAGGGGCACGGGGAGCUCGAGUCGGCGACAGCCGAGGCUCGCGCGAGCCGGCAAAUCCUGCCGAAGGAAGACAGCCUACGAGGGCGGUCGGUUACCUGGGGGAGAGAGAGAAGGGGGGAAACGUAGAGCGCCUGACGAAGGGAAAGGUGGAGGAAGCGAGAGAGGCGCAGAAGGAAAUCGUGACCUUCGUGGAGAACGUCGACGUGUGGCACAACCUCGCAAAUGAGCCUGGACACGCAAACGUUUUCGCCCUUAUCGACGGCUGGCUCCAAGACGCAGACACAGAGAGAGAAAAGGUGCAAAGUGGGGAAAGACAGGCGGAUCCCGCCGCAGGGUGCGCAGACAGAGGGGAGCGGCAAACCACGCCGACGAAACCCGAAUGCGCAUGA